AUGGAAUUGGAACAUGUCUUCUGGGGCAACUUUGGGGUGCGGAUAGGAAACCGUAAGUGGCUUCUCUGCCUGUUCUGCCCCCACCUCCGGCAGGUUGGGGGGGACCUGAUUCAGCCACGUCACCAUCUUCUUGUCCCUGCAGGCCAGGUAGACACCUUGCUGAGGAACUUCCUGCCCUGCUACCGCGGGCAGCUGGCAGCCUCGGUCCUGUGGCAGAUCUCCCGAGAGCUGGGCCCCCAGGAGCCAGCCGGAUGCCAGCUGCUGCACAGCAAAAAGCUGCCCCGAGUCCGGGAGCACCGAGGGCCCCUGACCCAGCUGCAGGGCCACCCACCUCAGUGGCAGCCAGUCUUCUGUGUCCUGCGUGGGGAUGGCCGCCUGGAGUGGUUCAGUCACAGGGAGGAAUAUGAAAAUGGGGACCGUCCCCUGGGCUCCAUGGUCCUGACAGGGUACACAGUCCUGACUUCCCAGAGUGAAUAUCUCCACCUGUUGGACACUCUCUGCCCAGAAUCCUCAAGACACCAUACACAGGAAGAGCCUGACCCCCUGUUGGAAAUGCCUGUUAGUUUCCCCCUGUUCCUGCAGCACCCCUUCCGCCGGCACCUCUGUUUCUCUGCAGCCACAGCGGAGGCGCAGCGUGCCUGGAGGCUAGCCCUGCAGGGCGGCAUCCGGCUUCGAGGCACAGUCCUGCAGCGAAGUCAAGCCCCAGCCGCCCGUGCCUUCCUAGACGCCAUACGGCUCUACCGGCAGCAGCAAGGCCACUUUGGCAACGACGACGUGACCCUAGGCUCGGACGCCGAGGUGCUGACUGCGGUACUGAUGCGGGAGCUGCUGCCUGCGCUGCGAGCCCAGACCCUGCCCGGCCUGAGGGGGGCCGGCCGCGCCCGGGCCUGGGCGUGGGCCAAGCUACUGGACGCCGUCCACGCUGCAGUCCUGGCCGGGGCCUCCACUGGGCUCCGCGCCUUCCAGCCCGAAAAGGAGGAGUUGCUCGCCGUCCUGGAGAAGACUAUCCGCCCAGACGUAGAUCAGAUGCUGAAGUUGCGGGAGCGCGUGUUAGGGAGGCUGCAGGCCAACGUCCAGGGUCCCCUCGAGUCGUGCCUGCGCAGGAAGGUGGAUGCGCAGCUGCCCCGGGUCACGCAGGCGCUGCUGAGCACCGUGGAAGCCGAACUCGCAGCGGUGCAGACCCUCCUAACCCAGGGCAUGGACCGCCUGUCCCACCACCUGCGUGGGAGCCCCUCCAGCACCCGGCUGCGGAAGGAGGUUUACUCAUUUGGGGAGAUGCCAUGGGACCCAGAGCUGAUGCAGACCUGCUACCGAGAGGCGGAGCGGAGCCGGGGGCGCCUGGGGCAGCUGGCAGCACCAUUUGGCUUCUUUGGAACACAGAGCCUGGUGUUUGGGGCCCAGGAUCUCGCACAGCAGCUCAUGGCUGACGCCGUGGCCACCUUCCUGCAGCUGGCCGACCAGUGUCUGACCACGGCUCUGGACUGUGACCAGGCUGCCCAGCAGCUGGAGAAAGUCAGGGGGCGCGUGCUGAAGAAAUUCCAGUCGGAUAGUGGCUCAGCGCGAAGGAGAUUCAUCCAUGCCUGGCUGCUCUGCAUCUUCUUGCCCUUUGUGUUGAGCCAGCUGGAGCUGAGCUGCAAAGCGGAGCUGCCUGAGUUCGAAGGGGACGUCCUUGCUGUGGGCAGCCCUGCUCUGACCAUUGAGGGUAUUUAUGAGGAUGUCAUCCGGGGGGUCCUGCUGCAGAGGAUCAAUCGAGAAUUGAAAAAAGCCCUUGGUGCCAGCAACAUGUCCUGCACUCUGGAUGGCUGCUCGGAGCUUCCAUGGGACCAGGCAGAAACAGAUGUGGAAACUGAGGCUCAGAGAGGCACUUGCUCCAGGCAACCAGGCUCCAGCACCGAGGUCUAGCCACUCUGCCCACUGCCUCCUCCAGGGACAUUCCAGAGCUGAAGCUUUGCCCACAUUCAUCGUCAUUCUCAAUGGAUAAAUGUCUAGUGGAAUUUCUGAGUCAAAGCAUAUGUACCAGUUCAAGGCUUGUAUAAUCCCCACACCUCUGCCUUACUCCUCUCCAGAAAGGCUAUGCCUUUUAACACUCUCACCAGCAGCAUUUGUACAUAUUCUCUUUUCCAAACACUAGGACUUUUCAUAAAAGGAAAAACUGCCAGUUUGAUAGACACACAC